CAUCUUGCAUUUUUGGAACACGAGGACCACGCAAAUAACGUGGGUUAACAAUAUUUUUUAUAUGCAGCAGCCGUUGAAAAGUAUAGUUUCUGUUUUACUUUUUGAUGAAUUUGUUUUGUUUCAAAGAUAGAUGGAAAGAGAUUUUGUGAACAUGUGGUUGUAUAUAUGUACAUCUAAGAGCAAUUCAGCCAUUGCCAGCCAGUUGCAAUUUGGCAGCCCCCAUUACACUACUUAGUGUGAGCGAGGUCAGAAUUGGACAUUGCUUCUUAGCUCAAUUCGCUUUCUCUUCUGUCACUGCUAGGCUUUGCUAUAUUACCUGCUGGCCUACUCAUGGAAGCAAAGAAAUUGAUCUCUUUGCUUCUAUUCACUUUCAUCUUUGCUGCUCUGUCCACCAACCUAUUCCUCCACGACUCCAAUGAAAUUCAAUAUUUUUUCAUUAUUAGGAAACUAAGGAGCCUGGUUCUAGGCAUACAGAGAGGUUGGCAUUGCAACAGCGCUAGCAACGGUAAUGGGGUUCAGACGGAGCAACCUGUGCGCCGCGCUUUUUUGAGCCCUAAUCUAUCAACUUGCCAUCAGUCCCUCACAGAUGCCGAUGUCCCAAUCUACUGUUGCCCCCCAAAACGUGAAUCGGAGGAGCCCUUCAUUGAUUUCCAACUCCCCGACCCUUCAUUGCCGCUUCGCGUUCGCCGACCGGCCCACCUCGUCGACGAGGAGUAUAUCGCCAAGUACAAUAAGGCCAUCUCCAUCAUGAAAUCCCUCCCCUACGACGACCCUCGCAACUUCAUGCGCCAGGCCAACGUGCAUUGCGUCUAUUGCAGCGGGGCUUACGACCAGCAGAAUUCCAAUAAUACUAUCCUCAAAAUCCACAGAUCAUGGCUAUUCUUUCCUUGGCACCGCAUGAUGCUCUACUUCCAUGAAAGGAUAGUCGCGAGUAUCAUCGGAGAUGACACCUUUGCUCUGCCAUUUUGGAAUUGGGACGUCCCGGAUGGUAUGAGGAUCCCCGUGAUGUACAUGAACGGAUCGUUCGCAGAUAAAGACCGAGAUACGUCCCAUCUUCCACCUCAAGUGGCUGAUAUUCAUUUUGAUUAUGUCGAGAGUGGGUUUUCCCCCCAAGAUCAGAUUGCAUCCAAUGUUGCCUUCAUGUAUACCCAAAUGGUUUCCGGUGCAAAGAAGACUGAGCUUUUCAUGGGGUGUCCCUAUAAGGCAGGGGAUGAGGGCUUCUGUGAUGGUCCAGGAACAAUAGAGCUGGCGCCCCACAAUGCCCUACACACUUGGGUAGGUAGUAACUUAAAUCCUGAAAGAGAGAACUUGGGUGCUUUCUACUCGGCUGCACGGGACCCCAUCUUCUAUGCGCAUCACUCCAACAUCGACCGUCUUUGGGAGGUCUGGAGGGGUCUCCAAGGAAACAACAAGGGAGAGAUCCAUGAUCCUGACUGGCUAGACUCCUAUUUCUUCUUCCACAAUGAAAAGCUGCAACUUGUUAGAAUCAAAAUCCGGGAUGUCCUUGACAUCACAAAGCUUGGUUACGCUUAUGAGAGGGUCCCUCUCCUUUGGCUUAACGCACGGCCAGAGCCUUCUAUGCCACCCAAGAUUGCUCGUUACAUGUUGAAGAUGAGAGACAGCCACAACGGAUUGUUACUGUCCAGCCACACCAACUCGGCCAACUUUGAGCCAGAAGGUCGGAUUCUAGACACUACAAUAAGAGCCAAGGUCCAUAGACCUAAGACCCAUAGAACAAAAGAGGAGAAAGAAGAAGAGGAGGAGGUUUUGGUUGUAUAUGGAAUUGAUGUCAAGAAAGAUGUCUACCUCAAGUUCGACGUGUUUGUUAACGCUGUUGAUGGUGAGACUACGAUUGGACCAGAGUCGAGGGAGUUUGCAGGGACCUUUGUUCACAUGCGCCGUGGUGUAAGGUUGGUGAUGAACAAGGGGGAGACAACGGUUAAGAGGAAGACCAAUCUAAAGUUGGGCAUCUCAGAGUUGUUGGAAGACCUGGAAGCAGAUGGAGAUGAGAGCAUUUGGGUGGCGUUGGUUCCCAGAGGUGGGACCGGAAUGCAUAUCUCCGUUGAUGGAAUUCGGAUUGAAUACAUGCGAUGAGUCGGAGAUAUUAUUAAUAUUAUUACUAUCAUUAAAUUCAGCUGUUCCAUUAGAACUGAGAUGUAAACCAUCGAGUCUUCUUUAUUCAUGCAUGGAAAAAGAUUUGGGCAUGUUUCGAGUCGUAGGUAGAUGCUUUUCUCCCAAGUGAAGUGAUUAAUCAGACGGGAUUUCCUGCACCGGAUGUACUUCCAAUUAGCAAAUUGGAGCACAUCAAACCUUGUAUAUAUUACAUUACGUGUGAUAAUAGAGAUGUGUAGCUUCGAUUCA